UCUUGCUCUCCUGCAUCUGAAGGAUUCACGAGGAGAACUACGGGGGAUUGAUCGCAUAGAUCCCGGACCCUCUCUUCUUUUCCUUUCACAUCCCCUUCCUAGCCUUUGGUACCCCUUUCAUCCUCCACCAUGGCUGCUUCGGAACGGCAAUUCCUCGCUGUCAUCGGUGAUGAAGACUCCGUAACCGGUCUCCUAUUAGCUGGCAUUGGCCAUGUCACCGACCCCCCAGACUCACAACGGAACUUCCUCGUGGUUGACUCGAAGACCGAAACCUCGACUAUCGAACGGACAUUCCACAACUUCACACAAGAAAGGAAGGAUAUCGCCAUAGUCCUCAUUAACCAACAUAUCGCAGAACGCAUCCGGAAUACCGUCGAUUCCUUCUCCGAAGCAUUUCCAGCCGUAUUGGAAAUCCCGAGUAAAGAUCACCCGUACGAUCCGGAGAAAGAUAGCGUGCUUAAGCGCGUCCGGCGGUUAUUUGGAGAGUAAAGCAGAUGGACGAGAUGAGGACGGGGGUUGAUGGAGAAAUAUACCAGAAAGAUCAGAAAUCCAAUUGAAUUGAAUAUGACACAGCAUUCAAGCUCCUUGUAUAUUGCACAAGGGAAUUGGGGGGCGGCAAUACUAGGUCGCAUUUGCCUCCGGAAUAUGAGAUUCGGUAUACGGAGGUAUAGAUCGCAAAUGGCAAGAUAUAUACGCUUGGAAUUGAAAUACAGUUGUCGC